UCGAAAUUCUUCAGUUGCGAAUGCGAAUUCAAUCAGUGAACAGACCCGUAGUGGUGGAUGCGCGGAUCUAUCGGCAGAUUCAUUUUUCAUGGACAGAAUUUGACUAUGAAAGCCAUCUUAAAGUGGAAAGGGUUGAAGCAGAAUCAAGAGCAACAUGAAGACCCACGAUCCAAAUUAGACACCCAUUCUCCACCCUCUUGCUCAUCCGCUUCAAGCUUGUCUUCGAGGAAAAGCCAAAGUCGAGAGGUAUCUCCAUGUCAAGAUGACAAACCCCGAGUUUCUGUACAAGAUCUUGGAUCCACUAGUGAUGAAUUGAGAGAAAUCAUCCCACCUACCGUGAUCAACGAGGCCAACGAAAUCGAUGAGGAAAUGGGUUCGAAUUCGAGCUCUGGCGAGUUGGAAACCCACUUGGGCGAUGAGCACGACCAAGCUUUGGAAGAAGAUCAAUUGGUGGACGUGGAAGGAGAAAUUGGAAGCCAACCCACGGAUUUGAGCCAAAAUCACCAGAAUCGUGACCAAUCAGACGAGGAAAUAGAAGAUUCUAGAAGUCAAAGUUGUGAUUGGUGUCGGAACAAGCUCAAUUCGAACCAAUUCACAAUGAGGAGUGAAGUGGACCAGAAAGUUAGAUCGUUUUGCACGGAGCGCUGCUUUUCGCAAUAUCGCCGCGCUGCUUUCAAGAAGAGCAAGGUCUGUGAUUGGUGCCGAAAAUCGCCUUUGGCAGCUGAAUCCGGUGGGAUGAGGACUAUCUCCAUGGUAGAAAAGAAUAACCAACUCAAUUUUUGCGAUGAGCAAUGCCUUGGUCAGUACAAGAUGAACAUGUUUUGCCAAGAAGCUCGAGCUCAAUUGGCACUUUUACCAGAAGCGCUCAAAAAGAUCAUGAGUGGCCAAUCGAAUGCCGUGGCCACCAAAUCGGCCGAAUUAUGGUUGGCCCACCAACACGCUCAGAUCACGGAGCAACUGAGAAACGAGGACAAGAACAAAAACGAGGCCUUGGCCUUAAACUUGAACCUGAAGAGCGAAGCAGCAACGACCAAGCAAUCGAACUCCUCGGAGACUAGUAAGACUCAAAAGCGAAGUGCAAGUCCCUCGUUUGAACUCAACACUGACCGCAUUCACCCGCGGAAAAAGCCAAUGGUCAAGGUAAAAUCCGAACACUUCUUAAAGCAAAAGAGCGGUUCUAUAGAUGGAAGGCCUAUUUCCAGCUCAAAUGGAUUGAGAGAUCAUCGGCAAAGCCGAAGACGAAUGCAUAGUCCAGUCCUGGCACCCCGUACCAAAAGUCCCACCGGCGUAGCCACAAGAAUCCGAAAGCCGGCUACCAAUCACACAACAAGUCUUAAAGCCCAGUCUCAGCAGUCCUCACCAACGGUAGGGAGUGUGCCGCCCCCACCACCCUUGAUGGCCCACCCACCCAGACCUGGUCUGGAUAUACGGUCCAAUAUGUUUCCCAUGGGUGCCUUGGGCAGCGUGCUUCCGCCUCCGCCUUUGGCCUCUGGUCCUCAGCUGCAAAAUGGCCCCAGACCCCCGUUGCCAGCCCAAAUGUCGUCCCUUCUUCCACCACCCACCCUGAUGUUACCUUUGCCCUGUAUUAUACCCUUUCCCAUCCCGAUUCCAAUCCCAAUUCCGAUUCCAUUUCCCAGUCAAGCGGGUUGUUGGGGACCCUCAUCCAUUUCACCCAAUAGCCCGACCAGGGUGGCGAAAACCGCUCGAUCUGAUCAACAUGAGGUGAAAGUGAAGUGUGAGGUGAAGGAAGAAGAACCGGACCCGAGACCCACCAGUGCUCCAAUAAAUAGGAGUCUACCUGAGACCAGUGAACCAAUGGAUACCACAACCGAGCUCAGACGCGCCCGCCGACGAGCUUUGUUGAUGGAUAUCCCGUCAACCAACAAAUCCGUGCAGAAACACUGAGGAAAUGUCAGUCGCCAAAGCCAGUCCCAGUUUCGAGCACGCACUUUAUCAACGUGUCGAAACUAACCAGAGCCUGUUGAAAACUUUAAUUGUAGAUAAAUAUCAUUUGAUUUUCAA